GCAGGGAGCGAGGGCACGGCCGGCACCAUGGGAGCGGGCACCAAGGGCCCGUGGGGCCACGGGGCUGCCAGGGCAGUGCCCGCCCCAGCACGGUGACAGCGCAGGGCUGGCUGGCAGCACCUGCUCGCCGUGUCCCCUGUCCCCGUGUCACCUCUUCCUCGUGGCGCAGGUCCGGCCUCCGCGGGAGCCUUGGCCCCACCAUGGGGUGUUCAUGACGGAGGAGGGCAGCAGCAGGAGCUGCAGGUUCCGUCCUGCCCCCGGCUCUGAGGAUGCACAGGCUGCUCCUGCUCGGCUGCCUCUGGCUCCUGGCAGCACCCCCGGUGUCCAGCAUCUUCCAGCGGCCAACGGGGACCCCAGCCCCCCUGCACCUGCAGUACCUGCUGGAGCCCCUGCACCCCACGGUGCACACGCAGCGCGGUGCCACGGCCACCCUGCCCUGCGUGCUGCGCGCCCUGCCUCGCAACUACCGCGUCAAGUGGAGCAAGGUGGAGCCGGCCAACUACGGGGAGAACGUCAUCAUCAUCACCAACGGGCUGUUCCACAAGAACUACGGGCCGCUGAGCCCGCGGGUGCGCCUGCGGCACAGCCACCGCUACGACGCCUCGCUCACCAUCACCGACGUGGCGCUGGAGGACGAGGGGCGCUACCGCUGCCAGCUGGUCAACGGGCUGGAGGAUGAGAGCAUCUCGCUCACGCUGCACCUCGAGGGCGUCGUCUUCCCUUACCAGCCCAGCAACGGGCGCUACAAAUUCAACUACCACGAAGCCAAGCGAGCCUGCGAGCAGCAGGACUCCCGCCUCGCCACCUACCAGCAGCUGUACAAAGCCUGGACGGAGGGGCUGGACUGGUGCAACGCGGGCUGGAUCCUGGACGGGACCGUGCACUACCCCAUCAUCAACUCGCGGGAGCCGUGCGGCGGCCGCCUGCUCCUGCCCGGCGUGCGCACCUACGGCGCCAGGGACAAGCAGAGGGACAGAUUCGAUGCCUUCUGCUUCACCUCUGCCCUUCAAGGCCAGGUCUACUUCAUCCGGGGCCACCUGAACUUCAAGGAGGCGGGCCAGGCGUGCCGCAGCCACGGGGCUGCCCUGGCCAAGGUGGGCCAGCUCUACUCGGCCUGGAAGUUCUCGCAGCUGGACCGCUGCGACGGGGGCUGGCUGGCGGACGGCAGCGUGCGCUACCCCAUCACCACGCCCCGGCAGCGCUGCGGCGGCCUGCCCGAGCCCGGCGUGCGCAGCUUCGGCUUCCCCAGCAAGGAGAUGAGGACCUACGGCACCUACUGCUUCGUGGGCAAGUGAGGGAGGGCACGGGGCUGCCAGAGGGGACAGCGGGGGGAUGCCAGUCAUCACCUGGGCAGAGAGCUGGAGGAGGGGUGGGUGGUGUCCCAGCGGGUUUGUGCAUCCUCUGGUAGAGCUGGGUGUGGGUUCUUGGUACAUCCCUUGAUGGAGAGGGUGCCCGUGUCCCACCCCAUGAGGCUUGUGGGGUGUUUGGAACACUUUGUGGGGUGUUUGGGACUCCUUGUGGGGUGUUUAGGACACAUCGUGGGGUGUUUAGAACUCCCUGUGGGGGCUUUGUGGGGAAGUGAGGACAUGGGGCUGGGAGAGGGGACAGCAGGGGGAUGCCGGUCCUCUUCACCUGGGCAGAGAGCUGGGGUGGGCAGGAGGGGUGGGUGGUCUCCCAGCGGGUUUGUGCAUCCUCUGGUAGAGCUGGGUGUGGGUUCUUGGUACAUCCCUUGAUGGAGAGGGUGCCCGUGUCCCACCCCAUGAGGCUUGUGGGGUGUUUGGAACACUUUGUGGGGUGUUUGGGACUCCCCAUGGGGUGUUUAGGACACAUCGUGGGGUGUUUAGAACUCCCUGUGGGGGUUUCAUGGGGAAGUGAGGACACGGGGCUGCCAGAGGGGACAGCGGUGGGAUGCCAGUCAUCACCUGGGCAGAGAGCUGGAGGAGGGGUGGGUGGUGUCCCAGCGGGUUUGUGCAUCCUCUGGUAGAGCUGGGUGUGGGUUCUUGGUACAUCCCUUGAUGGAGAGGGUGCCUGUGUCCCACCCCAUGAGGCUUGUGGGGUGUUUGGGACUCCCAGUGGGGUGUUUGGAACACUUUGUGGGGUGUUUGGGACUCCUCAUGGGGUAUUUGGGACACACAGGGUGUUUGGGACUCCCCAUGGGGUGUUUAGGACACAUUGUGGGGUGUUUAGAACUCCCUGUGGGGGCUUUGUGGGGAAGUGAGGACACGGGGCUGGCAGAGGGGACAGCGGUGGGACAUUGGUCUUCACCACCUGGGCAGAGAGCUGGGGUGGGCAGGAGGGGUGGGUGGUGUCCCAGCGGGUUUGUGCAUCCUCUGGUAGAGCUGGGUGUGGGUUCCCCUGAUGGAGAGGGUGCCCGUGUCCCACCCCAUGAGGUUUGUGGGGAGUUUGGGACUCCCAGUGGGUGUUUGGGGCAUCUUGUGGGGUGUUUAGGACAUCUCAUGGGGUGUUUGGAACACUUUGUGGGGUGUUUGGGACACAUUGUGGUGUGUUUGGAACACUUUGUGGGGUGUUUGGGACAUUUUGUGGGGUGUUUGGGACAUCUCAUGGGGUGUUU